AUGCACCGCCACAGUCACACAAAACCUACAUAUCCGUGCGGCCACCAACAGCCCAUCCCAUCCCCUCCCCAUCCACAUCCAAACCUCCAAUCCUCAAUCCCCCCCAAUCCCCCAACCAACCACUUCACCACACCACACAGCAGCACACAACCCACCCACCACCACAAUGCUGCCCUCCCGCGCCUCCCAAUCCACCACCCGCUCAACACUCACAAAGACCAAGAUCCUCAUCAACGCCUACGACCUCCUCCGCCCGGCCGCCUCUCCACCAUCGUCUGGACCCUCGGCGUCGGCCUCCUACACUCCGGCGUCGUCAUCAACGACCGCGAAUACGCCUUCGGCGGCCACGACCGCCGCGGCCUCACCGGCGUCUACUGGACCAAGCCGCGUACCGUCCCGCCCGGCGGCACCUUCCGCACCGAGAUCCUCCACGGCUUCACAUAUGCCAGCGAGGACGAGAUCAACGAGAUCAUCCGCGAGGCAUCAAACGAGUUCCUAGGCCCCAGCUACAACCUCCUCACGCGCAACUGCAACCACUUCACCUCGCACCUGUGCAUGGCGCUGACCGGCCAGCCCGCGCCCGCAUACCUGAACCGCGCCGCGUCCAUCGGCGUUGCGCUGCCGUGCGUCGUGCCCGCGGGCUGGGUCGAGCCGCCAGAGUGCGAUCUCGACGGCGACGACGACGACGACGACGAGCAGGCGCGCCUCACGAGCAAUGCCGGCGGCGGCGGCAGGAACAGGAGGCAUAGCAUUGGCGAUGAGGACGCUUGGGGCGAUGGGUCCAGCAGCGACGAGGAGGGGGUGGGCGGGGUGGAGAGGCGGAGUGGUGUUGUGAGAGAUGCGGGGGGGAGACAGUUGCCGGCGGCGGAGAGGGCGAGGGUGGAUAGGACGGUGCGUUAG